AUGACUACAGCCAGGUUUCCACCAGCAGGGCUCCUAAAGAGGGCUAGGACUACAGCCUGGUUUCCACCAGCAGGGCUUCUAAAGAGGGCUAGGACUACAGCCUGGUUUCCACCAGCAGGGCUUCUAAAGAGGGCUAGGACUACAGCCAGGUUUCCACCAGCAGGGCUCCCAAAGAGGGCUAGGACUACAGCCUGGUUUCCACCAGCAGGGCUUCUAAAGAGGGCUAGGACUACAGCCUGGUUUCCACCAGCAGGGCUCCUAAAGAGGGCUAGGACUACAGCCUGGUUUCCACCAGCAGGGCUCCUAAAGAGGGCUAGGACUACAGCCUGGUUUCCACCAGCAGGGCUUCUAAAGAGGGCUAGGACUACAGCCUGGUUUGAACCAGCAGGGCUCCUAAAGAGGGCUAGGACUACAGCCUGGUUUCAACCAGCAGGGCUCCUAAAGAGGGCUAGGACUACAGCCUGGUUUCCACCAGCAGGGCGGACUACAGCCUGGUUUCCACCAGCAGGGCUCCUAAAGAGGGCUAGGACUACAGCCUGGUUUCCACCAGCAGGGCUUCUAAAGAGGGCUAGGACUACAGCCUGGUUUCAACCAGCAGGGCUCCUAAAGAGGGCUAGGACUACAGCCUGGUUUACACCAGCAGGGCUCCUAAAGAGGGCUAGGACUACAGCCUGGUUUCAACCAGCAGGGCUCCUAAAGAGGGCUAGGACUACAGCCAGGUUUCCACCAGCAGGGCUUCUAAACAGGGCUAGGACUACAGCCUGGUUUCCACCAGCAGGGCUCCUAAAGAGGGCUAGGACUACAGCCAGGUUUCCACCAGCAGGGCUUCUAAAGAGGGCUAGGACUACAGCCUGGUUUCCACCAGCAGGGCUCCUAAAGAGGGCUAGGACUACAGCCAGGUUUCCACCAGCAGGGCUCCUAAAGAGGGCUAGGACUACAGCCUGGUUUCCACCAGCAGGGCUCCUAAAGAGGGCUAGGACUACAGCCAGGUUUCCACCAGCAGGGCUUCUAAAGAGGGCUAGGACUACAGCCUGGUUUCCACCAGCAGGGCUCCUAAAGAGGGCUAGGACUACAGCCAGGUUUCCACCAGCAGGGCUUCUAAAGAGGGCUAGGACUACAGCCUGGUUUCAACCAGCAGGGCUCCUAAAGAGGGCUAGGACUACAGCCUGGUUUCAACCAGCAGGGCUCCUAAAGAGGGCUAGGACUACAGCCUGGUUUCAACCAGCAGGGCUCCUAAAGAGGGCUAGGACUACAGCCUGGUUUCAACCAGCAGGGCUCCCAAAGAGGGCUAGGACUACAGCCAGGUUUCCACCAGCAGGGCUUCUAAAGAGGGCUAGGACUACAGCCUGGUUUCCACCAGCAGGGCUUCUAAAGAGGGCUAGGACUACAGCCAGGUUUCCACCAGCAGGGCUUCUAAAGAGGGCUAGGACUACAGCCAGGUUUCCACCAGCAGGGCUCCUAAAGAGGGCUAGGACUACAGCCAGGUUUCCACCAGCAGGGCUCCUAAAGAGGGCUAGGACUACAGCCUGGUUUCCACCAGCAGGGCUCCUAAAGAGGGCUAGGACUACAGCCUGGUUUCCACCAGCAGGGCUUCUAAAGCGUGUAGGGCACCUGCUGUGUACUGCUCACACCUACUGUGAUGGCCCGGGCCUAAACCACACACUACCAGGUGGGUGGUAUAGAGGAGAUUGACCCACUGGUUGUCCUCUAGGUUACAGAGAGCUGGUAGUCCCAUCCACCACACUACCAGGUGGGUGGUAUAGAGGAGAUGGACCCACUGGUUGUCCUCUAGGUUACAGAGAGCUGGUAGUCCCAUCCACCACACUACCAGGUGGGUGGUAUAGAGGAGAUGGACCCACUGGUUGUCCUCUAGGUUACAGAGAGCUGGUAGUCCCAUCCACCACACUACCAGGUGGGUGGUAUAGAGGAGAAGGACCCACUGGUUGUCCUCUAGGUUACAGAGAGCUGGUAGUCCCAUCCACCACACUACCAGGUGUGAAACAUGGUAUAGAGGAGAUGGACCCACUGGUUGUCCUCUAGGUUACAGAGAGCUGGUAAUCCCAUCCACCAC